AUGGCAUGGCUGACCCAUUUGUUGAGUAUUGUCAACCAGGGCAAUCUGGUCAACAAGCGUCUAAGCGAAUAUUCAACUAUUGGUCUUGAAACCCUGGUACUGUGCUUUGAUGGGUUCAAUAACGCCAAAUCACAAAAGCACAACCCCGAUCGAUGGAUCAACGCUGUGUCAUCUUGUAUUGAACAGGGAAACCUGUCCUCGGCGGUCAGACUUGUCUGCUCGCCGGAGGGCCUGGCGGAGAGCUCGCCGGCCACCUUCGAUAAAUUAUGUUCUAUCCACCCAAAAAUUCCGGUGGACAGGCGGGUCUUUCCCGCAUUGACACCAACGGCUGGUUGCGUUUCUCCCGCCGAGGUGCUGAGGGCCGUUAAAUCUUUCAAAAAUGGUUCUUCUGGAGGCCUGGAUGGCCUACGACCCCAGCACCUUAAGGAUGUUUUUUUAGGCCCCUUGCCAAUUGACGACACACUGAACUCCUUAACCCAAUUCAUUAAUUUGAUCCUAUCUGGAGCUUGCCCACUCUCCCUCUCUGAGCUUGAAUUCGCCCUGGGUCGUGUUUCCUGUCUUUCGGCCCAUGAUGCCUUGACUAUUAUCCGCAAUGCCCUCAGUUUGCCCAAAUUGAUGUACUUCCUGCGUACAUCUAAACACAUUGACCCUUCUAAAUUGGGCGAAUUUGACGGAGCCCUGCGCACCGCCCUGUCGUCGAUUUGCAAUGUUCAAGAACCAUCCGGCAUUUCUGCGCAUGAUGGUAGGCGACCGGACGGAUGCACGCUAAUACCUUGGAGAGCCGGCAGAUGUUUGGCGUGGGAUGUUACGGUCCCUGGCACCCUCGCCGAACGAUACGUAAACCUGACAAGUAAAGAAUGCGGUUUGGCCGCGGCCAGGGCAGCGGACGAGAAAAUGAAAAAAUAUGGGAAUGCCCUCCCCUCGAUGGAAUUCUUGCCAAUAUGCAUCGAGGUUCUCGGCCCGAUGGACCCCAACACCCUUAAAUUUCUUAAGGAAAUAGGCAAAAUGAUCAGUGUCAGAUCAGAUUUUGAAGGGUUGUUUUCAUAUUUUUUUUCGUUAGGGUUUCUUCAGUUUUUUAUCGGCCUCAACACAACAAAACUUACAACAAAACAGCACAAAGAAAUCGUCAUGGCGAACCACCGGGUUGUAGUGAGGACGAUGUGGUACCGCAGAAAGCGACUGCACACACGUUUCAUGACAUUCGUUUUUUUUUGUUUCUGUCUCGGAUUCAGCGGACCUGUCGUCAUGAUUCUGUCCGUGCAGAGAAAUGAUGUAAUAAAUCAAAUAAACAGUAGACUUGAACAACAAAAUUUAACAUUCAUGAAAAAACUUUUACUUUUUGUUCAUAUUACACUAUUAAGUAGUUACAAUAUAAAGGCUAGUAAAACUCAGAUGAUAUAUGACCAGUGUGGCGUUGAUUCAGAUAAAGUUGCAUCUAAGCUAAAUGAUUUCAAAAAAUCUUACCAAUUGCUGGAAGAAAGUAAAGGAGGGGGCGUCGGUCUCUACAUGAAAAAAUCAAUGAAUUUUAAAUUGCGCGACGAUGUACUAACAAGUUUAGUCGACGCAAAUGGUUCGGAAUAUUUAUGCAUCGAAUUAUCACUGGACUCAGCCAUAAGAAAUAUUUUAUUGCUUAUUAUCUACCGGUCACCAACUAGCAAUGUAAAAUGUUUCUAA